ACUCUUUUCCUUUUCCUUUUAACUGUGCUCCAUUGUUUACCAUUCACAAAAAUAAUAAUAUAAAAUAUGAAUUUAAAUUGGCAAUAAGUGAUUUAGCGAACUACAUGAGUUUUUCAUUUAUGUUUUCUUCAUUACAUGUGUUGUAAACAAAAUGUCUUCGAGUUCCGCUGAAGAUAUUCCUGAGCAGUGUAAAGAUCUAUUUACCCAGGAUGGAGUAUUGCUUAAGUCAUGUAUUGGUCGUUCAAUUAAUGAGCUGAACUCUAUUGGCAUGCUCUGUAUUGUUCAGAAUGCUGAUAGUACUAAAUGCGUAGAAUGGAGACCGAAUGAUUUGAUCACAAUUGACUCGGACACGCAGGAUCAGGAGUGGGCAGUUGUUAACACUAUUGGUCGUCGUCAACGAACUUUAAGUGGAAAUAUGACAUCAGAUUAUGCAACACUCCGAGCUCGAAUAAUAAAGAUACCGUUGAGCGAAUUAAAAACAUUCCGUGUCUCUAGAAACAAUCAGCAGAUGCAAUUCUCAACAAAACCUGGCGUUUGGCAGAUGUCCUUUUAUUUCCAACAUGGGAACGCAGAAAUCUUUGUAGCAUACCUAAAGAAUCACGUCAAAACAGCAAAAGCAAGAAAUGAUAAAAAUACAUACAUAGUUGUGGAACCAAACAGAGAAACUCAAGUUUUGAAUAAGUCAUUUGCGGAAUUGGAUAUUUUUACUGAGAAUCCUACCGAUGUUGUUUGGAGUUUGGUAUCAAAUUUGAGACAAAGACCUUAUGAAACUACCAUGGAGGCUUUUUCAAAACUCACUGAUAUCGUAUACUACGGUAAUGAGGCUAUGAACGGCAAAAGGGAUGUGUCAGAAGAAGUAGCAGAUCUGCUGACAAAGAGCAUGAGUGCAAUGGAGGAUAGUACAGCGGUCACCAGGAGUGAUGAAUACGAAGUCAUCAGUGUGAAACCCACUUUACCACCAAGACCUUGUAUACCCAGAGGCACACCAUUAUCAACGGAGAAAUGGGAUGGCUUGCAGGACACUGAUGGUCGAGUGACAGAAGUGGAGGGAGUCAAACAACUUAUAUUUAGAGGGGGUGUAGCACAUUCCAUACGUCCUUCAGUUUGGAAAUAUUUAUUAGAUUAUUAUCCAUGGACAAUGACCCAUUCGGAGAUAAAAAAUCUACAAAGACGUAAGACGGAGGAAUAUUUCUCUAUGAAGUUGCAAUGGAGGUCAAUGACCGAAGGACAAGAGUCGAGGUUCUCAGAGUAUAGAGAGAGGAAGAGUUUAGUUGAGAAAGAUGUGAAUAGAACGGACCGGACCCAUCCAUUUUAUGCGGGAGAGAAUAAUCCAAAUUUAAUUGUGUUGCAAGAUAUAUUAAUGACAUAUGUCAUGUAUAAUUUUGAUUUAGGUUAUGUGCAAGGAAUGAGCGAUAUUUUGGCGCCAUUAUUAUUAUUGUUAGGUAAUGAAGUGGAUAGCUUUUGGUGCUUUGCCGGUUUCAUGGAGAAAAUUGCCCCUAACUUUGACAUGGACCAGGCGGGCAUGAAGCAGCAGCUGCUGCACCUCCAGCAGCUGCUGACGUUCGCCAGCCCCGAGCUAGCGCAGCAUCUGGCACAGAAGGACUCAGGGAACAUGUAUUUCUGCUUCCGAUGGCUACUUGUGUGGUUUAAACGGGAAUUCUCGCAUAGGGAUAUUAUGAGGCUAUGGGAAGUGCUCUGGACAGGGUUGCCAUGCGCUAAUUUCCAUCUAUUUAUAUGUGUUGCCAUACUCGACACGGAGAAAGAUAUUUUAAUAGGCAAGGAUUAUGGAUUUACUGAAGUUUUAAAACAUGUCAAUGACUUAUCAAUGAGGUUGGAUGUAGACAAAAUUCUGAGCACAGCGGAAGGCAUUUACCAUCAAAUAGUAUCCGCACCUCACUUAACAGACCAGAUCCGAGUCAUACUAGGUCUACCUACCAUCGGAAGAUCACAUACAGAAGACAGUCACUCCGACACAGAAGAUAAAGAAGCUAGUCCCAAAGCAGAAUGUUCUAGGACGAAUGAAGCUUCCAGGAGUAAUACUACCACAAAUGGUAAUGGCACAAACCAACGAGUCCUCUUUGCACCGGAAGCAGACGAAGUUAUGUAUCAGAUAGGCCUUGAUAUGAAUUUCUGAGAGCGGUUACACUCGAAUAUAAUGGUAUACAAAUAUCCGUUGUAACGAAAACAGUGUGGGCCUUACUCGCCUAGUGCAGGUGUAAAUGUUUGUAUAUAAAAUUAUAUAUAACACAAAGGUCAAUACAAACAGAGUGAUAUUUUUUUCUACUUUUCUAUAGCAAGCUUUAUAAAAAAAAAUUAUAACAACACCAGUGGCAUGUUGGACAGAGUUUAUAUGUAAAGAAAAUAGCUAAAAGCACUCUUUCUUGUCUUUAAAUCCUUGCCAAUGUUGAAUUUUUGAAUGCCUCGUUUAUAUUGUGCCAGUACAGUAGGACUGUAGUGCUUGAAGCCAGCACUGGCUUAAUGUAAAACACUCCAUGCGAAGCCAGCGUCACUAUCGUAAUUUAAACACUGACUUGCUCCUGAUAGAUAAUACCAAGCCAGCGCGACUGUCCGACUGUACUGGAAUAAGGAAAACCAGGUAUUUAAAAAAUUUCUCAUUGUUUUUUUUGUCGAUUUCGUAAUUCAUCGUCAAUUAUAGGUCAUUUAUUGUUUACUGUUACUUAUUGAUUUAAAAAUAAAUGCAACGAAGUAUAGAUUAUAAUUGGUGUUGUUUUUACUAUUUUUUUUAUUACAUCCCACUGCUAGAUAUUAAUUUUUAAAAGAGAUUAUAUUAUUAUUAACCUUUUAAGUGCCACAGAGUUUUUUUGCGGUUAAAUCAUAAUGGCUUGGAAUGUCUCAACUUGAAGUCCUAAGGAUAUACAAAGUAAGUUUCUAUUUGCACUGACAAAAUUGUGAUAGCAUAAGAUAAUGUUUUAUAGAAUAAUGUAUGUAUUUAGAGAAUUAAAUGUGGUGCAAUUUUGUCAAUUUACAAAUCAAAUGCAGGUUGUAAUUUUAUAUUAUGGCUUUAUUUAUUUUCAUGGAUGGAGUUAAAAAUUUUAUUAGU